AUGCUAAACCAGGUUUCCUUUGGUGCAGUUAAGCAAUAUAGGAGCCCCACCCCUUCGUGCGAGCGGGACCGCGAGACGCUGCUCCGAGUGGCGGAGAACGACGGCAACAAGAACUUCUUCAUCCCCGAGUGCGCCGCCAACGGGAAGUACCAGCCUAUCCAGUGCCACCGGGCGUCGCAGGAGUUUAACGUCACGGAAUACUGCUUCUGCGUGGACACGGAGACGGGAAACAGCCUGGACGGCACGGGUGUCACCAAUGGCACUCCCGACUGCUCUCGGCCCUUCCCCCACGUCCGCGAAUGGCCGGGUUGUCUAGGGAAAACCAAAGUCAAAUUCUUAAAGGACCUUCAGGAAUACUUGAUGAGUAAGGCAGAUAGUGUGGACAGAAAUGCAGGUGUCGACCUUACCACACAAUCUAGGGAGGAGUAUGCCGCCGUCUAUCAUUUUAGAAACUUUGACAUGAAUGGUGAUAAAGUUCUCGAGAGGAAGGAGAAAAAAGCUGCUAAACGAUUCUUAACAAGUGUCCCAAAGCUAAAAAGAUGUGGCAGAAGAAUCACCAGAUACUGCGAUGUGGACAAAAACCGGAAAAUCUCCUUAGAAGAGUGGGUAGCAUGCAUUGUGGUCCCGAAAAACACUGGUAGCAGCAGUGGUGGUGGUGUUCAUAAUGAGGCAAGAAGAAGAAUUGAGGACAACCCAAUUCUUACACACCUCAGAGCAGAGGACAAG